UUCUGUCCUUUUCUAUCUGUUUUUCUUUUCAGUUUUCGUUUCUGAGAAAAAUUUCAAAUAAAAUGCCGAACAUUUUUUACGAAAUAAUAUUUGCGAACAGUGUUUAAUUUAAAUGUGAUUAAUUCAAUCAAAACGGCAGCCUGAUUGAGUGAAUAGAUAUGUCAUGGACCGCAAAGAGGUAAAUAUCGGAAUCCGUAGUGUACUGAAUUCAUCGCAGUCAGCUCUCACCAUAAACGAUUUAUGGGUAGAUUACAUAAAACUUAUCGGAUCACCGGUACCUUUAAGAGAACUUGGUUACCGAAGCUUACACGAGUAUCUACGCAGCAUUCCGGAUGUGGUUCGGUUGGAAGAUCCAAAUUCGCCGCAUUCUGUAGUACGAGCGGUCACUGACGAGAAAUCCAAACAUAUCGCUCAAUUUGUACGAGAUCAGAAAGUUAGCAAGACUACGAGAUUUCCUGCAAGACGAGGACGACGAAUUCCUCCUCGUGGUUACAAUCAAGCUUUCCGAAACAAUGACUUCGUACCUAUCAGCUUGCAGCGUCGAGUACUCGAUAUGCUGACUCGUUAUUCCGAUGGAUUAAACAUGGACGAUUUUAGAGAAAUAAUUAAAGUUAUUCAAAACGAUAUGCAAUUGCAAUGCUCGUUCGAUUCCGUUUUACGUACAAUUUAUUCGUAUGUGGUAAUGGAUGGCGACGAUAUCCGUUUAUCUAGACAGUACAUGAAUAGUUCUUUCGCUCCAAGCGUUCAAAAUGCUCCUCCUCCUAGACGUCCGAACGAGGUAAUAGUCAUAUCUGAAAGCGAUGCCGAAGACGGUGAAUACGAUGAUUUUAUAUCGGAUUACAGCGAAGAAUGCGAUUAUACUAGUCCGCCAAAAUCAAUUGAUAACUACCCACAAGCGACCACUUCCAAACAUCCUUCGAGUAGAAAUGAAGCUAAUUUCGCUGGUGUUUCGACACGAAGUUUAAUCAGCGACACAUUGGUGAAAAAUUGUUUCGCUUUGUUGGAUGAUAAUCCGGGAGGACUUUGGUUAGCCAAACUCGCCCAGGAAUACGAAAUCAAAUUUGGCUACAGAUUAGAUCCUCAACAGCACGGUUUUGAUUGUGUUCUCGACAUGGUUUGUCAGCUCAAAGAUGUGUUCAACAUGAUACAAUUUGAGAAAUCCGGCGAUCGAUUUUUAAGAGACGCUAGGAAGUUUCCUAACGAUUCGACAAAUGGUGAUCAAGGUGAAUUGCCUAAAUCGAUGGUGCUGGAAAUCAAAAAAUUACUAUUAAUGAGAAGCAAUCAUCAACUAUAUACCGACGAACUAGCUUCAGAGUACAGAGAUUGUUAUAGAAAAACACUCGACCCGACUGAUUUCGGUUUCAAGAAUAUGGAUGGUUUAUUGAAAAGUUUGAACGAUAAUGAAAGUUCAUUGUUUUCAUUCAAACAAGUUAGACAAAGAACAGUGAUGUAUUUAAAAACCUCGCAUAAUCAAGAGCAAAAUCACGUCGAAGCAGCCGAUAGCGAAAGGGCAUUGCCCUGUAACUAUGAUUUCAUCUCGUUGCCCCAAGAAGUCGUCGAUUACGAUUUUAAACUGCCUACAAAUCCAUACUUCGAAGAGCUCGAACCUGGCCACGUAAUACAAGUAAAACUGGGAGAAGUAUACGGCCCCGAAAGAUUCUAUUUACACUUCGACGACGAUUUAGCAGCUUUGGAUGCCAUGAUGGAAGAUUUACAUAUUUUCUACGAAAAUAACAGCAAUACGUACGAAUUAUCGAGCGAUACGAUCAGAAGAGGUAUGCUCGGUGCGUGUCUUUUCCACGACGAUGCUCGAUGGCACAGAGUACAGGUGAUGAUGUGUCGAGGCCUGUCCGAUGUUAAAGUGCGUUUUUUCGAUUAUGGUACUGCGGGUGAGGUACCCGUUUCUGAACUACGUUACCUGCACGCGGAUUUCGCCAAAUAUCCAGCUUUUUGCGUGCGAGCUAAAUUAUACGGCGUUAAAUUACAGCAAUUCGAUGCUUCCGAGAAGGAUGACCAGAAAAAGUAUACCCGUUCUGUUGGCGAAGCUUUCUUCGAUCUUACCAGCAAUGCUAGCCAACUAGUUGCCGAGGUUAUGACCAUCGAUAAAGUGAAUCAAAGCGUCGAAGUGCAUCUACACGCUACUUAUUGCAAUGAAGAAGGCAAUAAAGAAGUGAUCGCCAUUCAUGACAAAUUAGUCGAAGACGGCCUACUGUUGCGUAAAGACACCUCGGAUCCCGUUAAAGAGCCUUUGCCUUCGUCGCCAAAGAAGAAACCUGAAACGAAUGUUACGUCUGCUUCUGCUGCGUUUGCUGGUUCAUCAAAGUCGCCUAGUGCUUCGUCCACAUCGAAUACAAACGCUAAUAAAGGACAAGAGAAAUCAAAGAAGAGUCGUCCUCCGCCGGGAAUCCCCAUUCCCCCUGAUUUAAAGAUGGCUGCCAGUAGCGCGUCGACUUCUACUCAAACUCAGACGUCCAGUCAGAGUAAAGCUACGUUCAAUGGAUACACGCAGUCCAAGAUGAAUCCUAUGCAAGCUCCGUUUUAUCCGCGUUUACCAAGUCCAAGAGUGGCUGUAAAUCAAGGUUAUAUAACGAAGUCAAUCGUCGUCCACGGUUUUCCUAAAAUGAGUGUAAGGUCGACUACUUCUAUUCUAAUUCAUCUGCAAUAUCUACUCGUAAAUGGCUAUUUAAAGCCCGGUUAUAGUCCAGUGCCGCCGACAACCGGUGUCUCGUCUUCGGCAUACUCGACGGCCGCCUCAUCGAUGCCGAUGGGACCGGCGGCGGCGGCGGCGGCGAUGCCACCGCAGCCAUACAUGUAUCCAACACCGCAGCCGCCUCGACCUCCUGUCUACCCUCCAGCAUCAGUGUACGGGCCUCACGGACCAGCCGGAUAUCCACCUUUGCCGUUCUACUCAUCCGGGUACGGGUCUUACGGCAUGCCGUUUCCACAAACGAUGUACGAUUACUAUCCGGGUCCCGGUGCUGUGCCGAUAAGAGGGCCGAUGACUUCCGCUUACAGUAACUACGCUGCUCCCCAACCUGCAGCCACCAAACCUCCUCCGGGCUUCAACUACAAACCUACCACUCCGGCUACUACGAAAGCGACAUCGACAUCGACAUCGGAGCCAGCUGCGGGUUAUCCCAGCGUCACCGAAGCUACUGAUUGUUCGCGGAAAGUAUCGACGACCUCGAAUCCGGCUCCGGCCAAGAACCCGUUCGCGGAUCACAAUGAAAAACCAGAAUGGAUAUCGAAACUCGAAGUUGUACGUGAUUUAGUGCUGAACGAAGAUAUGUCAGCGGAAUCGGUAAAGGGUAAACUAAAAGAGAUUAUAGGAGAUAUAAACGCAGAUACGUCCAAGACUGAAGCACUCGAAACUACGAGUAAACUGAACCCGUCCGCUAAGUCGUACGCCUCUGUGGCUGCUAAAGCCAGUGCGGCUGCUGCGGCCGCCGCCGCUGCAGCCGCCGCUGCUGCUGCCGCUACCAAAGUCGACGAUAGCUUGACCAAUAAUUUGAACGGUUUAUCGAUCAGCAAUCGCGAAUUCAGCGCACCUAUACCGCUGAAUAUCGCCGAAACGUCGAGUAAUCGUUUCGUCGAAUCAACUGCCACUUCGCCAGUCACGCCGGCCAGAUCAGAAUCGGAGUUUUCAGUCAAAUCCGAUGACAGGGAGAGUACUCGCGAUGAAAUCAAACAGUCGAAAAUCGAACAACUCAGGUUAUUCGUCAUGUCACAAAGUAAGAUUUUAAAGAAAACGUGACGCUUGCCAUGUGCUGUUGGCUUUGUUACCGUACCAUCUUCGAUUUGAUUCGAUUCGUUUCGUCACGAUUUUCAUUUUCUCUCUCCCUCUGGUACGAAUGGAUUUUUCUUCCUGCCACAUACCUGAUAUACCUACCUAGUUGUAUUUUAAGUAGUUUUUAACCGCAUCGUCGCAUGUGAGGUGUUUUUUUUUCUUCUUUUUUUUUUUUAAAUGAUACCGGUUCGCGCGUAACUCGAUCGAUGCCGAAUAAGUACCAAGUUGAUUUAUUACGUUUUUAUUUUAUACUUAUAUAAAUAUUGAUAAGUUUUUGUUUUUGUUGAAUUCUUAUUUUCUCCUCGUGCUAUUAUAUAUACGUUUCUUUUUUUUUUUUUUGAUAAUCAUUAUUAUUAUUGGACGUUAUUUAUAAUAAGUACCUAACGUUUCACUUUCAGCCUUUCGUUUCUCGUGAUCGAUUUUUUUCCCCUAAGGUACUGUUUUUUUAGAUAAUAAUAAUUGUUUGUUAUUAAACUUUGAGCAUUUUUGACUAUCUUGGAUGUACGUACGUAUUACGUAAGUUUGUUCGAAUACGAGGUGAUGAUUUUGUUU